CCCGCGGCGCGGGAAGCCUCACCCGGAGUGCAAUGACAGCAGGGGGCGGCAGCGUGCGCGCACGAGUGUGCGGGCGGGCGCCGCGCAGUGAGCUUUGCUGCAGCCGUGAGCGUCCGCGCCGGGGCCCAUGGCGGCGUCCGCGCCGACGGCGGCGCUGAGCGCGGAGCAGGCCAAGGCGGUGCUGGCGGAGGUGAUCAAGGCCUUCGGGGCGCCUGAGAACGCGCAGCGCAUGGAGGAGGCUCGGGACAAUGCCUGCAACGACAUGGGGAAAAUGCUGCAGUUCCUGCUGCCCGUGGCCACCCAGAUCCAGCAGGACGUGAUCAAGGCCUACGGCUUUAGCAACGACGGGGAAGGAGUCCUCAAGUUCGCCCGUCUGAUCAAGUCCUACGAGUCGCAGGACCCGGAGAUCGCCAGCAUGUCGGGCAAGCUGAAGACCAUGUUCCUGCCGCCCAUGACGCUGCCGCCGCACGGGACCGGGACCGGGACCGGGACCGGGGCGGUAGCGACCUCCUGAGGGCGUGGGUCGCUCCCGCCCCGCCGGGACGCUGUGCUGCGGCUGGAGCCGGGUCCUGACAGCGCUGGCAAUGGAGCGCUUAAACGAGGGAGACUCCCAUCUGAAAGGAAGAGGAUGCUUUGUGCUUGCUUGUGUGUCUGCUCGCAAAUAAAAACCGUCUUGAAAGUG